UAUAUUAUUAUGUAAUUAAAACAAAACUUCUCUUGAACUAUAAAAGAACAAAAUUAAGUGUUAAAAUUCAAUAAUACCAAUGAAAUAACAAACAAUAAAUUCGCAAAACUUCAAGAAAAUUGACUUCUUGAUGCAGUUUAAAAAUUGCUGAAGAUGCAACAACAGCACGAGCAACGACAUGAUAUCACCACCGAUUGUUGUUAUCAGCAAUGGGCUUCUCAUCAGAGUCAUCAUGCACAAUCCAUGACGAAUGUACCAUCUCCAAUGCAACAAAUGGAAGCAUGUUUGCAAUCUGCGGGAAGGGUGAAGCGAUCCCGCAGCCCAAACCCGAAGGGUUCGCUAACUCCACAAGUCACGAAUUCUUCGAUUUCGUCAACUACCGUGGAACCCCGUAACGACAGCAACAAUAACAAUCAUCAUCACAGCGAUCAUCAUCCGAGUGAGAAUGGUACGAAUUCGACGGAAGAAGUUAGCCCGAAGAGGCCUCUUCACCCUGCACUCGUUGGCGCUGGAGCAGCCCUCGAAGCGAAACCACUUUGGGAAGAAUUUCACCAAUUGGGAACGGAAAUGAUUGUUACCAAAGCUGGUAGAAGAAUGUUUCCUACUUUUCAGUGUCGAUUCUUUGGCUUGGAUCCUACUAUCGAUUAUCUACUAGUAAUGGAUUUCGUACCUUGCGAUGACAAGAGGUACAGAUACGCAUUUCACAGUAGCGCCUGGGUAGUUGCUGGUCGAGCAGAUCCAGUCUCACCCCCCAGAAUUCACGUACACCCUGAUAGUCCUGCGAACGGAGCUCACUGGAUGAAGCAACCGGUUUCUUUCGACAAGCUGAAACUCACAAACAAUCAACUAGACGAUAACGGACAUAUAAUCUUGAAUUCAAUGCAUCGAUACCAACCUCGAUGCCACGUAGUAGUGGCACCUUCACCACCAGGUUCUGCUCCCGAUCCUCGCACGGAGAAUUUCAAAACGUUCACCUUUCCGGAGACGCGAUUCACUGCAGUCACCGCUUAUCAAAAUCAUCGCAUUACACAGCUCAAGAUCGCUAGCAAUCCGUUUGCAAAAGGUUUUCGUGAUUGUGAAUCGGACGAGUGUGACUCGGUUGCAGUUUCCAAUAUGCAAAAUCCUGCAAAAAGACCUGCCACCGGAAGUACCAGCGUUUUGUCAUCGAACUACGUAAACACCAUACCCACCGUGCAAAUUCCAAGUAUAUCGAGUCAAGACCAUCAUCAAUUCUACGGUGCGACUGCAGCAGGACCUUGGACUUAUCCUGGACAUCAUGGACAACCAACUACCCACAUGAAUUCCGUUCACUAUCCUGCACAUCCUCAUCAUCCUCAUACCGGACCAUCGUUGUACGGACCACGGUAA